AUGUCACUCAAACCUAUCGGCGGCGGUAUCCAUCGAGGGCUAUCGCAGUCCCGAGAUAAGCGGCGGCCGAGUAAAAACCGUAAUCAGCUGAGGGCACAGCGAGGUUAUCUUCCGCCGGCAGUCGAGCACCGGCGGUGCUGCAACCCUUUCGGAAAAAAACUCAACAGCACCACAUUGGACACUCAUCGUCGUAGAUUAGGUCUUCGGCGAGAGUGCGUGUCGUUCGCGCACUUUGGCACCAUAUGGCGGCCAUCCGCUCCCACCGGCCGCCUCAGGACCCGCGAACAAACGCUAAUUGUUCUAGCCAUCGCCCGCUUUGUCCUUCCCAAUGGCGCGAGUGACUCCGGCACGCCUUAUUACCAUCGCAAUAAGGGCUAUAUUUUCGGGCAGGUAUCCGUCGACCACAGGCCGGUGCCAGAUGGUCUGCCGGACGCUCCGUUGUAUUGGAAGUGUCAAAAUCGCCAUUAUAUUGGGCUGAUGCCACACCGAUACCGGGGCGCUGAUUGGCACCGGUUCAAAUCGGACGCGGGACACGUACGGGCCACGUUGGUGCGGCUGACUUGUUUAUUUGUGUGCUUAUAUCCGUGCAGUCACACCUGGCGUUUCUUGGGCACUGACGCU